GUGAGCUGAACAGAGCGCUCGUCACGUGACAGUCAGCCGCGCCUUCUAAUUGGUCGGCUUUUACUCCGUGUUUAUUUCCGGAAGUAAGUUCUCGACAGACUUUUCCGUUCAUCAAAUUGUAAAUCUACAGCGACACUUUGACAGGUGCGACCAGAACCGCAGGAUGGCCCACUGGUUUCACAGAAACCCCCUGAAAGCAACGGCUCCGGUCUCCUUCAAUUACUACGGAGUAGCAGGGAGCCCCGCAGCCAACAAGAUCUGCAAUGACCUGAGGACCACCCGAGCCAGACUGUUGGACAUGUUCACGGAUUCCACCUGCAACCCAGACAUCAUGAAGAACGCCACGGAUGCUUACUUCUCCUUACUGCAGGGCUUUAUCGCCGCUCUUGACGGAACCACGCAAGAGAACAAGAUGAGGUUUAUCCAGAACUUUAAGUGGACCGACACCUUACACGGAAACACACCGAGUGCCCAGCAGGACGCCAUCUUUGAACUUGCCUCUAUGGCCUUCAACGUCGCUCUCUGGUACACCAAGUUUGCAUCCAGACUUGCCGGGAAGGAGAACAUAACAGAGGCUGAAGCCAAAGAUGUCCACAAGAGCUUGAAGGUUGCAGCAGGAAUAUUCAAAAGUCUCAAGGACGUCCACGUCCCUCGCCUCAUCACUCCAGCUGAAAAAGGCAAAGACUUGGAGCCCAGAGUCAUGGACGCGUACAUCAUCCAGAGUCAAGCAGAAGCUCAAGAAGUGACGAUUGCCAGAGCGAUUGAACUGAAGCACAACGCCUCGCUCAUCGCAGCUUUGGCCUUCGAGACGGCAAACUUCUACCAGAAAGCCGAUCACACGCUCAACACCCUGGACCCAGAGUACAGCAGCAAGUGGAGGAAGUACCUCCAGCUGAAGCAGCAGUUCUACAUGGCUUACGCGUACUGCUACCAUGGACAGACUCUGCUGGCCAGCGACAAGUGUGGAGAGGCCAUACGAUCGCUGCAGGAGGCAGAAAAGUGUUACUCUCGGGCGGAGGCACUGUGUAAGGAGUACCGUCACACCAGCGGCCCCGGCGCCACAGCCAAACCGUCGGAGCAGCUGUUCUUCCUCAAGCUGGGCGGCCUCAUCAAGAACACGCUGGAGAAGUGCCAGAGGGAGAACGGCUUCAUAUACUUCCACAAAGUCCCGGCCGAGGCGCCCCAGCUGGAGCUGAAGGCCAGCUACGGCCUGGCUGAGCCAAUCGGAUUCGAGAUGCCCCCCGUCAGCGAGCAGUGCACCCCGGAAGUCUACGCCACCUUCGAUCUGACUAAGGGAGCCAAAAACGACAAGGGCAAACCUAAGGAAGAGGAAGUGAAGCCGGUGAAGGAGCCCGACCUGAAGCCUCAGAAGGAUACGGGCUGUGUCCUCUCCUAAACACUCAUCACCGUUUCCAGCCUCCACUACAGUCAGCAGUCCUCCCAGCAUUUGCUCCGCCCCCAUCCCCCAGAAUUCCCUUCAUUCAUGCUGUCUUAAUAUUUUUGGUAUUAUCAAUCGAUGAUGUAAUGCAUUCCUGCUAAAACAAGUACAUCUACUCUACAUAUGAACAGUUAUUGUUUAGUAUUUGAUCCGUUUCAUCCAAGGACAGGAAAGUAUGAGGGGGGUGGGGACGGGGGCGGGGUGUCUUUGUCUCUCUUUUAUUUGUUUAAUAAUUUGAUCGGUAAAAUAAGUUUAAAAAAAAUCCUCAAAUGCCAAAAUUGUGAAGAAAAAAACAACGUAAUUUUAAAAUUAAAUGUUAAAGUUUGAGGUUAAAGUCAAAUUUUAGAGCUUAAGCUUUAAAAAAAAACAGACAAUAUUUAUGAAAAACUUCAUAACUAUGACAAUAAUUUGCCUUUUUUUAAAUCAAGCAGAACAAAGUACUGUAGUACUGUACUGUUGUAGCAAAGUACUGUAAUAAUUUAGUGGAAAACUGUUAAAAUGUAUGAAUUUUGAGAUUUAAGUCUGGAUUCCUUCCACAAAUAUUACAUAGAUUUUUCUAAAAAAAAAAAAAAAAGUCAGAGUUAUAAUAAUAAGUUAAAAUUCUAAGAUUCACAUUUCGACUAUGAGGAAAAAUUCCCAACAACUCUAAAAACUCAUAGUACUUUUGUGUUUGAAUUUCCUGUUUUAAUGAGAAAAACAAUUUUUGGACCACAAAGAUAAGGAAAAUGAAAGAUAUAAAAAUAAAGUCGUAAAAUUAUGUUGAAAAAAGUCAACAUUUUGUAAAAGAACAAAAUUGUAUAUUGAAAAAAAUCAUUGUUUACAAGAAGAAAGUCGUGCUUUGUCAAAGUAAAGUGAACAAAUUCAAGCAGAUUCUGUGAGGUUUAUCAAUGCUUUGUCCUGGAACAGAAAUCAAACCGGUAAUUUCCCUUUGACAUUUUGAAUCAUUUAAAAGCUAAAAUACUAACAUUUUAUUUAUGGAAAAUCUCGUCUUUAUUUAAAGCAUAGUUGGAUGACUUUUUUUUCUCUUAAGUUUGCAACUUUAUUGUGGUAAACUUUAGAUUUUUUUCCCAAUUUUAACACUAUUCUUGUAAAAAAAAUGUUUUUCUCUUAUAAUUUUGCAAUUAUUCUUUUAUUAUUAUUAUUAUUUUAUAGUUUAUUGCAAAAUUCUGGCUUUUUUCUUCAAUGUAGAAUUUUAAUGUCAUCAAAUUUGACUUUUAUUUUCCCUCCUAAUUUUAAAGACGUUUUUUUCUGGUAAGGUCUAAACUUUAUCGUCAUAAAAUGUUGACUUUUUCUUGUAAUUUUACACUGUUCUGCUAAAUUUUGACUUCUUUCCUAUAAUCUAACGACUUUAUUCUUGUAAAUUUUGACCUAUUUUCUCAUUUUGCAACUUUGUCACAAAAUUUAAACUUUUUUCUUAUAAUUUUAGGACUUUAUCCUUGUAAAAUUUUGACUUGAGAGUGUUAUGAAUUUAUUGUUAAAUAUUUAUUCAGUUUUCUUCUUUUAUGAUGGCCCUAACACUCCGUUGUUGAAAAUGCUGACAAUUAUUGAGCUGGUAGAUUAUUUUUUUCUGCUGUGUAAUCCAUUUGGUCUCUAGAUCUUUGGAGUUUUUUGCCUGAUAAAUAUAUUUUUUAUCUGCAGAAAGCAGCACUUUAAUGAAAGACUCGUGUUUGAAGAAACAAACCAAACCAGCCUACUCGAUUUUUUUUUUUUUUGCAUUUUAAGGUCCGGAACCCCACCAAAAAACAAGAACUGCAGACUUCACAGAAGAUCAGAUGAAUUUAAUUCAGAAUCUCAUCUGCAGGUCUAAACCAGCCUCUUAAAAAUGAUUUCAAUCAACACUGAGCUCUUUAAAAUGCUGGACGUUCUUUCAGAACUCAAAGCUAAAAAAAAAAAAAGCACUUUUAUUAUCUGGAUGGAGCGCUGAAUCCAGACUAAAGGGAAGUGCGUUCAUGAAGUCUGUACAGUCCGGAACAUUUGCAUGCACUGUGACCGACAGGAGGCCUGACAAAGCAUGUGUUCAGAACUGUUGAAUUUGGUUUGACGUAUCAGUUUACAGUUUUCUUUACAUCUUCUACUGGAUUCUUUUGCACAUUUGCUGUCUCUUUUUAUCUCAUUUUAGGAAACUUUUACCGUUGGAUUCUACUGAUUUGAAGUUUAUGAGGAAAAUAAUUUAUUUCUGCUGGAACACGUCUAAAUACACUCUUGAUGUUAUGGAGUUUUGAGUCUGUGGAUGUUGACUGAAUCGUUUUUGAUGGAAGUAGCUGCUCUCAGUGUUACUGAAAGCCACACACACAUGGAGGUGGACCCCUGUUUUCUGUCCCAUCCCUCCUGCUUUUCAAAAUAAAAGUCCUGUCAAGUAAAGCAUCGCUCGUAGCUGCUGGAAACAUAAAGAAACAGUAAUAUGCUGCUUUUACGUGCUGUUUGCUAACCAAAAGUAGACUUGUACACCUGUUGGACGUGACACCUUUACGGCACACUGUGCAGAGAUGGUUUGAAUGACGUAGUUCAUCUUUUAUUUUUUUAAAGCGAGUCCUCAUAAGUCCCGUCACCCAGACGUGUUCACUGCUCUUUCUCCAAGUGUGUCUUUCAUUCAAAAUAAAAUUCAUAUAUGUUCAUAUAUCCUCCUGCAAGUUAACGUUUUCAUUUAUGUAUAAAAAGGGUGUUAAUAAUGCAUUAUCAUUUGAAAUGAAACAGUUUUCUGCAAUGUAUCUUUAGAAAAUAUAACCACAUUGUUUAUUUCAUGUUAAACAUUAUAUUACCUGUAAUAAAUCAUAAUAAGCCGUGUCACAUUCUUUUUAAA